AUGCCGCCUAUUACCAUUGUGGUGUGCUACUAUGCAAAGCCAGUUAAAAUCAUUCAGCAUCCUGUUUUGGACUCACAUCAUGUAGGAGACUCAGUGAAUCUUCAUUGUUCAAUCUUUGGUGAGAGUUGUUCAGGAGGGCAGAGUGUCUACUGGCUUAGAAGAGAGUCCCAUUCAGGAAUCAUUUACACUGAUGGAGACAGAAAAGAUCAAUGUGAGACGAUCUCUGUGACUGGAUCAACUGUACAGAGCUGUGUGCACAAAGUCCCCAAAAGCCUGGCCAGUGAUGAAACUUACUUUUGCAGUGUGGUCACAUGUGGAAAGCUAAUCGUUGGAAAUGGAACUAAACUGAUAGCUGAUGUUGUUCCCCAGAAAACAAUGGCCUAUAUCAUCACACUGCUCUCUGCUGUAUUAGUGAUAUCAGUGAUGGCGAAUAUAAUCAUGGUAUUGUUAUGGAGAAGAACUACACACAGAGGUGUUGACCAUGUACAGUCUACAGCCCAGACUGCAGACAUAGAAAAUUAUGCAUCGCUGAAGUUCUCUCCACACCAGCCUACACGAAAAAUGAAAAGCCGUGAAGAGGCAACCUCUGUCGUCUAUGCAUCUGUCCAUCAAACAAGAAGCAUAAAACAAGGAUCUCCUCAUUCUUAA